UAUGGUCACAAAACAAUGUCGAAAAUCUAUGGAUGCCUGAAUAUCCGCCGUCAGAGUUGUUUCAUACAAAUUUAACUGAAGACUUAAAUUCUCCAGAAGAAAAACUAAAAAUCCCAGUCAUUUCUAAUGUUUUGAUUAAUGUUGCCUACAUAACGCUAGUCCCAUAUAAUGAAGCUAUCGACCCUUCUGAAAUUAUUGCUAUCGAUUUUGGACGUAAAUUAUGGGGUGAGCCUGGAAAAAUAAUUAUUUCAAUACUUAUCUCACUUUCCGCCUUUGGAUGUGUGGAUUCAAUUGUUUUUAUGGGUUCUCGAGCUAUAGUAUACGCUGCUAAAAAUGGAUCCAUACCCGAAAAGUUAUCUCAUAAAAAACAUGAUGCCCCAUUUUAUGCUUUACUCGUACAAUCUGUUUAUUGCGCAGUGUUAAUUUUCCUCCCA